CUGAAAAAGUUGAGGCUAGGAUUAAAAGCUUAGAAGUUGGAAGACCCCAUAGUCAGUGUCCUCGCAGACAACCGGACUAUGCGUGUUGAGGACUGCGUAGAGGGAGUCCAGGUGUACUUUCGCCUAGAGAAAGAUGGGAAGGUGGAAAAAGUUCUCCAUUCCCUGACUCUCCUCGUACAGGAUGACCUUCCAUUUGAUAUAGUCCUAGGCAUGGACUGGGGAAAGGCAGCAGGGGCCACGCUCCACUUGAGAGAGCAUGAGUGUAGGCUCCCUAGUCCGUCCGACGAGGUUAAGACUACCCGCCUAUUCCAUGUGGCAGGUGUAGCCAACACCUUCGCACAUUGCCGUCUCAGUGCUCCCGUGUUCGCGCGAUUAGUGAAAGAGGAGCAGUUAGAGGAUCAGGUUUUUAUAGUGUAUGUUAGACCUGCCACUAAGCCUAAGGAAGAGGUUAGUUCCACGGAUCCAGCCAUUGCCAAGCUGCUGGAAGAGUUUAAAGACUUAUCUGAGCCGCCGACAGGAGUAGUGCCGCGACCAAUCCAGCACAGGAUAGAGAUAGAGCCUGGCAGUAGAAUUCCUAAGGGAGCGGUCUACAGGAUGUCCCCUAGAGAGUUAGAGGAGCUCCGAAAGCAGUUGGACGAGCUCCUUGAGAAGGGUUGGUUUAGGUCCAGUUUGUCUCCUUUUGGAGCACCUGUUCUGUUUGUCCCCAAGAAAGAAGGAGAGCUGCGAAUGUGCAUAGACUAUAGGGGUCUGAAUGCUAUCACAGUCAAGAAUGUUGAACCACUGCCCAGGAUAGACGAUCUCUUAGAUCGGGUGCAGGGUUGUAAGUAUUUCUCCAAGAUAGAUUUGAAGUCCAGUUAUCAUCAGAUAGAGGUCCACCCUGAUGACCAGUACAAGAGUGCGUUCCGGACUCGCUAUGGGCAUUAUGAGAAGUUCGUGAGGAACUUCUCUACUAUCGCCGCUCCCUUGCGCAGGUUGCUCAAGAAAGAGGCAAUCUGGCAUUGGGAUAAAGACUGUACGUCUGCGGUAAAGAAACUAAAGCGUGCAUUGAUAGAGUAUCCUGUCCUCAAGGUAGCAGAUCCGUCUUUGCCAUUUGUCGUCACUACGGACGCAAGUCAGUAUGGGAUAGGCGCCGUAUUGCAGCAAGACGACAACAACGGCUAUAGACCCGUAGAGUUCAUGUCAGCGAGGAUUCCCUCAGAGAAGGUUGCUACCUCGACGUAUGAGCGAGAACUCUACGCUCUCGAGCAGGCUUUAGAGCAUUGGAAGCAUUACCUGCUUGGGAGGCACUUCAAGGUGUACUCAGACCACGAGAUGCUUAGAUGGUUAAAGACACAGGCCAAGAUGACACCUAAGUUGACUAUGUGGGCUGCUGAGAUAGACAAGUAUGACUUUGAGCUCAAGCCAGUGAAGGGCAAGUACAAUGUAGUUGCGGAUGCUUUGAGUAGGAGAUCAGACUACUUUGGAGCUAUAGUUCACUAUCUGGACAUAGGGAGUGACCUGCAAGAGAAAGUUAGACACGCGUAUGCGUAGGACCCUAUCUCUUGUGACCUCCUCAAGAGAGUCAAGGAGGCCCCAGAGACAGAGCCACAUUACCGCACUACAGAGGGUUUGUUAUUCGAGAAGACUAAUGUAGUAGACCGCCUGUGCAUUCCCAACAGUGAGGAGAUCCGUAGUCUAAUCCUAGGGGAAUGCCAUGAUGCAGAGGGACACUUCGGUUGGCAAAAGACGUUAGCCAACCUGAUGCACGCGUACACAUGACCAGGAAUGAAGAGCGACUGCAUAG